AUGUCAACAAUAAAGCAGCGCUUCACAGGUGCUAAGCAGGCCAUCUCCAGCCCGCGCACCUUGCUGGAAUCCGUUCGAUUAGAAAACGACAAGGAGACCCAAGAGGAGACAGGACUAUUUGGGAGCUGGUCAAACAAGGAUUUGGAUCCGUCUCCUCCUUCCCAGCGAGUAUGGACACCUUGGUCCUUUUUUGCUUUUCAGUUUAGCAUCGCCUUUUCGCCAACCACAUACAAUGUCGGGGCUAGCCUCUACGCUACGGGUCUGAAUUGGUGGACCAUUUUGAUAGCUUCCUUCAUCGUAUCUUUCUUAGUGGGUGGACUGCUUUUGUUGAACUCUCGUGCAGCCGCCUUGUAUCAUUUGGGGUAUCCGACUUUCGUUCGGCUUUCCGCCGGUAUAUAUGGAUCACUCGUGUUCAUCUUCCUCCGAGGGGUGGUCGCUAUUUUAUACAUGGGAAUCCAGACGCUAUACGCCAGUUAUUUUGUGAACGUGAUGCUUCGUUGUGUUUUCGGUCAUGACUGGACUGAACUUCCCAAUCACCUCCCCGAGUCAGCCGGUAUUACCUCAGGCAAACUGACUUCGUUCCUUAUUAUUUGGCUCAUGCAGUUCCCGUUUGCAUUUGUCCACCCGAGCAAAAUGUCAACCGUGUUCAUGGUGAAGUCAAUUCUUGCACCAAUUGGGAUGAUUGCAACAAUGAUCUGGGCAAUUGUCUCCAGCCAUGGCGUUGAUUUUCAGGGACUAGGGCCUAGCAAUGUAUCUGGGGCUGUCCUAGGCUGGUCUUUCAUGAAAGCUAUCAACAGUAUUGUUUCUAAUGUGAUUCCUCCAUUGGUCAACAGUUCUGAUUUGACGAGAUAUGCAAAGUGUCCACGAGACACGUUGCCCUUGCCAAUUGGGUUAGUCUUGAGCAAACCACUUGUCGUGUUUCUGGGGAUGGUUAUCACAGCCGCUGGAUACAAGCAGUUUGGAGAGGCAUAUUGGAACAUGUGGGAUCUCUAUUCCAGUAUUCUAGACCAUUACUGGGGCCCAGGAACCCGAGCAGUUGUGUUCCUUGCUGCGGGUAUUCAGGCGUUUGCUACCAUUGCCACAAACCUCAGUAGUAACUCGAUUCCAGUCGGAUGCGAUCUCGCUGGUCUAUUCCCACGGUACAUGACAAUCGUCCGUGGCCAGAUCCUCUGCCUGUUAUUAGCAUGGGUAGUGGUUCCAUGGAAAUUGACUUAUUCCGCCUCAUCCUUCCUGACCUUCCUCAACUCAUACCUGUGUUUCAUGUGCCCCAUUGUAGCCAUGAUGAUUGUCGAUUACUGGAUCGCUCGCAAAGGAAACAUUCAUGUUCCUUCCCUCUACAACACACAAGCGGGCUCUCCGUACUUCUACACCGGUGGAUUCAAUCUACGUGCGUUUGCCGCCUGGCUCGGAGCAAUCGCUCUUGUCAUCCCCGGUGUCUCUGGAGCUCUUAACCCCGGAUCAGUCGCAGAUGCCGCCGUCAAGAUAUACAACAUGGGCUUCCUUAUUUCUACCGCUUUCGCGGCGCUGGCCUACUACAUAUCUUGCAGGAUCUGGCCAGUUCAGAUUUAUCCUACCGAGCUUGGGACGAAAGACGCGAGUUGGGAGGUUAUGAGGUAUACGGAGGGCUUUUUCCCAGAAGAUGAAAUUGUGCCGGACUAUUUGCAAGAAACUGUUAUCGAGGGAGUGACAGUGAAGCCGCCAAAAUGUUCUUUGGAAGACACUGUGAACAUGCGAAAGGAAGGAAUGAUUUGA